AUUUUUAUGUCUUUUGCUAGUUCAAGAGUUAUAGCUAUAGUUAACGAUCAUGUUUUACAUUGUUGGCGUAGGUUUAGGAGACGUCAAAGAUAUUACAGUCCGAGGCCUGGAAAUAGUUCGAGGUGCUAAAAGGGUGUAUUUAGAAUCCUAUACAUCCAUACUGCCAGAAAAUAAAAUUCAACUGGUUCGUCAAUUUUAUUUAAUUUAAUUGUUAUCUAUUAUUAUAUUUUAGAUGUUAUCUACUUAUGAAUUUUGUAUGAUUUAAUAAUGCUGAUUUGUAAUUAUUCAAUAUAAUCUAGAUUCAGCUUGUUUUCAAAUAUCAAAAAAAUAGAAAAUUAUAAUUUGUAUUUAUUAUUUAACAGACUCAAUUAGUUAAUACUAAUUUUGUAUGCAGCUUUAUGAUUCAAGAAUAUAAAUUUUAUUUUUCUGUAAUGGAGUACAUGUUCUAAAUUGAAUUAGAAUUUUAAGUUUUAAAUAGGUACUUGAAAAAUUACCUAAUUGUUUUACAAAAUUAUUAUUUAUUUUGGACUUUAUAAACGAUUAAAGGUACUGAAUAUCUUAAAAGUAAUUGUUUAAACCAAGUUUUUAUAAGUAGUAACUUAUACUUAAGAGUAUUACUAAUCAAUUAUAACUUUUCAUAAUUUGUAAAAUGUAAAGUUUUAUAUUUUAAUUUAAAAUACAUAGGUACCUAAUAUGUAUUGUUUUGUGAAUAGGAACAGUUUUACGAAAGGUCAUUAAUCGAAGCAGAUCGUAAUUUAGUUGAACAAGGUGCAGAUGAAAUAUUAAAUAAUGCUGACACGGAAGACGUAGUUUUAUUAGUAGUUGGAGAUCCAUUUGGAGCUACCACUCAUACUGAUAUAUUAUUGAGAGCUCAGGAUUUAAAAAUUGAAACUAAAGUGAUUCAUAAUGCUUCUAUUAUAAAUGCCAUUGGAUGUUGUGGACUUCAAGUAAGUUUAAACCUUAAUAUAAUAAUUAUAUAUGUAUAUACAGGUGGUGUCCCACAAAGAUAUACCCAUUGCAAUAUCUCCCGAGAUAACAAAAAUAAUCAAAUUCUGUUUUUAUUUAUAUUACUCGUUAGAAUAAGGACUACAAAUAUUUAUAUUUGAAUUAAAUUGUUAUGUUUAGGUAAAUAAAACAAAAAAAAUUACUUUUUAUUUAUUAUUUUUGAAAAAUUUAAAAAUAGCCAUUUCAUAGAGUUUAUUCUUCUUAAAAUGUUGACAUUUCAACUUUUUAUUUUCAUUAAAUUUGUGGUUUUUAAUAAUGGUUUAAAGUUUAGAGAAAAUAAAAAGUUAAUACGUUUACAUUUUUAGAAAGAAUAACUAUAAGUUUACUGGCUGUACUUAAUAAAAAUACCACAAUAAAAAAUUAAUUGAAAUAUAAAUACUUGUAGUCCUUAUCCCUGCGAGUAAUGUGUAUAUAUAUAAAAAAAAAACCAGAGUUUGUUUAUUUUUUUUAUCUCCAGAGAUAUUACAAUGGAUAUAGAAAAAUACAUUGAAAACCUUCAAAUAUUAUGUUAAAAAAAAAAAAAAAAUGAAUAAACAAACAAUUUAAAAUUUAAGUAAUUCAAUAGUGAAAAAUGAGAUAAUUUAAACAUUCAUUUGAUUGUAGUUUGUAAAAAUCUUUGUGCUUUGAAUUUUCAUUAUAAAUAAGAGUUAAUAGGGGUGUAUUUUAAAGGUUUUCACCCUGGUGCAAUAUUUGGUUGCUACAGUCUUGACAUUUUCAGUCGUACAAUUUAGGAUUUGUUUUUACAAUAUUAAUUAAGCUUAAAAUAUUCAAUAAAUGUUAAUAAAUUAUUUGAUUAACUAUUAUAUUUUGGUUAGCUAUAUCAUUUUGGAGAGACAGUAUCAAUACCCUUUUGGACAGAUAAUUGGAAACCUUCCAGUUUUAUAAACAAAAUCAAUCAAAAUAAAGCAAUUGGUUUACAUACAUUAUGUUUACUUGGUAUGUUUUUCUUUAAUUUAUAUGGAAUAAAAAUAUAAUAUUCACAAAAACUAAGGAUGUAUCAUUAAUCUCUUGGGUAGUUUUUGUUUUUAAUUUUAUUUUUAUAUAUUUUUUUUCUGAAAAAUCUUUAAUUUUUGGUACCGACCUGUUUAAUUUGGUCUUAUUCUAGAUAUUCAAGUUAAAGAACCCACAUGGGAAAGUUUAACCAAAAAAACCAAAGUCUAUCAACCACCUAGAUUUAUGGAAGUUAACCAAGCAUGUUCGCAACUUUUACAAAUUAUCGACAACAACGAAUUUGAUGGAAAGAAUUGUUAGUAAUAAUGGAUUAAUUAAAAAAUAUAAAAAAUUAUCUUUAAUUUCUACUAUAGAUGUUAGUCGAGAAACAUUUUGUGUGGGUGCUGCUCGCAUUGGAUGGCCAGAUCAAAAAAUUGUUGCUGGGACUUUAGCUGAAAUGGUUAAUGUAGAUUUGGGACCACCAUUACAUUCAAUGGUCAUUGUUGGUACACUACACCCUCUCGAAGAACAGUUUAUUAAACAAUUUACUAUUGAAAGCAAAUGAUUAAAAUAUUACUUGGUUAAUAUUAUUAUUAAUACAUUUUCCAUUAUAUUUUUAUUGAUUCUAAUUUUAAAUUUAUGUGUUGCUUUUAAAACUUUAUUGAUAUUUAUUAAUAUUUAACAAAUACCUAAAACAUCCAUUAAACCUUAAAUCAAUGAUUUGUUUAUUGAAUUGCAUAGUUUUUACUUAGUCUGAUAUUGUUUUAUUAAGGGUUAAAAACAAUUAAGUAGCCUUGUUGUGAUUAAAAAAAUUUUUAUUAUACAUUUUCAUUAAAAAAAAAAAAUAUAAACCAGACUUUAAGUAUAUUUUAUUAUAUUAAUACAUUAUAAAUCAUUUUAUUCAAUGAUAAUUUUGUUUAAAUAAUAAAUUAUUUAUUUUAACUUAUAAAUCAUUUUAUUUUUCAAAAAGUCAAAAGGGAUUUUUUUUUUAUUGCUUUAAAAUAACUAUAAUAUUAUUAAAAAAAACAUUUUUUAUAUUUAAAUUUAUUUUUGGUACUACACAAAAAUAUUAAAUCUCAUGAAUAUGCAGUCACCUGAAGUUUUAGAAUAGAGUGUUUCUGUAUAAAAUAUUAUCACCAAAAAAAAGGAUUUUGAUAAUUGACAUAUUAAUUCAAUUUUAAUUAUUCUGAUAAGUAAUAACAUUACCUAAAAAUAUGAUCUAUUAUAGUUAUAUCAUAGAUUAUUUUAAAAUAAUUUGUGGUCAUAUUUUACAUAAUACUAAAAUUGUUAAUAUUUAGGAUUUAUAACACUAUUAGUCGAAACAAAAGCUCAAGACGGAGUUGGAAAUAUCAA